GUACUUCCCGACCUGACACAAAACUGCUUGCCUGCAAUCUCUGGCUCAAAUUUCCAUCUAUAAAAGAGAGCAGCGGGUACCGGGAGGAAUCAGAAGCAAGGGGAGAGCGAGGACAGUUGAGACCUUGACCCUGUUUGCAGUGUCAGAGACACGUUGGCAGGUUGCCAUGGCAUUUGGACCCAACAUGAGAGCCCCCAUUUGUCUGGUAGAAAACAUCAAUGAGCAGCUAUCAGUGAAUCAGGAAGCUCUAAAGAUUCUUGACCAGAUUUCUCAGCCAGUGGUGGUCGUGGCCAUUGUGGGACUGUAUCGCACAGGCAAAUCCUACUUGAUGAACUGUCUUGCAGGACAGAACCAUGGUUUCCCUCUGGGCUCUACAGUGCAGUCAAAAACCAAGGGCAUCUGGAUGUGGUGUGUGCCCCACCCCUCCAAGCCUAACCACACUCUGGUCCUUCUGGAUACUGAGGGCUUGGGUGAUGUGGAAAAGGGUGACCCUAAGAAUGACUUGUGGAUCUUUGCCCUGGCCGUGCUUCUGAGCAGCGUGUUUGUCUACAACAGCAUGGGCACCAUCAACCACCAGGCCCUGGAGCAGCUGCAUUAUGUGACAGAGCUGACAGAAUUCAUCAGGGCAAAGUCCUCCCCUACACCAGAUGGAGUAGACAAUUCCAUGGAGUUUGUGAGUUUCUUUCCAGACUUUGUGUGGGCUGUACGGGAUUUCACCCUGGAGCUGAAAUUAAACGAUCACCCCAUUACAGAAGAUGAGUACCUAGAGAAUGCCUUGAAGCUGAUUCCAGGCAGGAAUCCCAAAGCUCAAAUAUCCAAUCUCCCCAGAGAGUGCAUCUGUCAUUUCUUUCCAAAAAGAAAGUGUUUUGUCUUUGACCGACCUAUCUAUGACAAACAACUCUUAGCAAAUAUUGAGAAUGUUGCAGAACACCAACUGAAUCCUCAAUUCCGGGAACAAACAAACAAUUUCUGUUCUUACAUCCUCACCCAGUCAAGAACCAAAACCCUAAGAGAGGGAAUCAUGGUCACUGGGAAACGGCUGCAGACUCUGGUAGUGACUUAUGUGGAUGCCAUCAAUAGUGGAGCAGUGCCUUGUUUGGAGAAUGCAGUGACAACUCUGGCCCAGAUUGAGAACUCAGCGGCUGUGCAGAAGGCAGCCGACCACUACAGUGAGCAGAUGGCCCAGCAAGUGAGGUUCCCCACAGACACGCUCCAGGAACUGCUGGACCUGCACGCAGCCUGUGAGAGGGAAGCCAUUGCAAUCUUCAUGGAGAAGUCCUUCAAGGAUAAAAACCAGGAGUUCCAGAAGAAGCUUGUGGAAAUCAUAAAGGAUAAGAAGGAUGAUUUCAUGCUGCAGAAUGAAGAGGAAUCUGUUAAGUACUGCCAGGCUAAACUUGAUCAGCUUUCAGUGGCCCUCAUGGAAAGUAUUUCAGCAGGAACUUUCUCUGUUCCUGGGGGUCACAAGCUCUACUUGGAAACAAAGGAAAGGAUUGAAGGGGACUAUUGCAAAGUGCCCAGGAAAGGAGUGAAGGCAAACGAGGUCCUCCAGAGCUUCCUGCAGUCACAGAUGGCAAUAGAGAAAUCCAUUCUGCAGGCAGACAAAGCACUCACAGAUGGGGAGAAGGCCAUGGCAGAGGAGCAGGCCAGGAAGGAGGCUGCUGAGAAGGAGCAGGAGCUGAUGAAACAGAAACUGCAGGAGCAGGAGCAACAGAUGGAAGCCCAGAAGAAGAGUCUCGAGGAAAACAUAGCCCAACUGAAGGAGAAGAUGGAGCGAGAAAGAGAGAACAUAAUAAGAGAGCAGACUAUGAUGCUGGAGCAUAAACUGAAGGUUCAAGAAGAACUGCUUAAAGAUGGGUUUAGAAAGAAAUCUGAAGAGAUGGAUGCAGAAAUAAAUCAUUUGAAAAAUAUGAUUGAUAGUACUCGAAAUGAUACUCCCUGGAUUGGAAAAUUCAUAGAUAGAAUUGGCACUGAACUCGGUUCAAUAUUGCUUGCUCCCACUAAACUUAUUGGUGGUGUUGUGAGCAGCAUAGGCUCACUAUUUAAAAAGAAAUAGUUUUCCUUUCAAUUAAAUUGUGAAUGUAGAUACA